AAAAUUGGGCUGUCACACUUGCGUUGCGAUAGAUAUCCUACCAUUCUUUAUGUCUAUCUGUUGUGGAUCUGUACGUCUUUUGGGAAGAGCGCCCUCUCUAGACAGACUCAUCGUCAUCAAUCACAUCAUACAUUAUCAUCAUACGACCAUCCGGCUGUGUACAACAACUUUGAAGCGCACUAAAAAAGGUGUGCUAUGAUUCUGACUAUUGCAAUCGAUAAAAAAAGUCAAUGGCUUCCGAGCCUUUAAUGUCGACUGAUACGGAAGACAUUGAGGAAACGCUUUCCAGGCUUCAAAGAGAGUGUCCGGAAGAAGAUAACCAGUUCCGUCCAAGCUUUUCCUACGGCUGUGCCAGGACGAGUGGCGUCACGGUCUGCAUUAAGAGAAGAGAGGGAAGGAAUCCUGGGAGCAUCAGUUCACAGAGUUCAGAAACAUCAGGAACCAUUUGCCGUUUUAAAAGGCCUGAAAGUCCAGAGUCUCAGUCAUCCGUAAAAGUAACGAAAAAAGCAGUCUCCAAGACUCCUUCUCCCAAAACUCCAAAGACAACUCCCAAAAUACAAUUGAGAAUUUGUUUCAAACCAAAGUCUGCAUCUGGAAAGCCAAGAGCAACUAAAGAGAAAAGUGAUCGUGGAAGCUUCUCUUGUAAUGACUGCGGUGAUAAAUUCACCUACAAGGGUAACCUCAAAAGACACCAGGAACUUCACGAAGUUGCCAGCAACGAGUAUCGCUGCGACGAGUGCGGUAAGACCUUCUCCGCAAAGAGAAACUUCUCAAGACAUUUGAAGUGUCAUGAGCCCCUGGACCCAGAAGACAGGUCAUACUCUUGCGACAAAUGCGAUAAGUCAUUCCACCGUGCCAAAUACUUGUACCAUCAUCAAAAAGUCCAUGAUGUUGCCCGACCUUACGCUUGCCAUAUGUGUCCGAAGACAUUCAAGACGCGCUUUAACCUUAACAGCCAUGAGGCAAUCCAUCUGAACUGCAAGGAGUUUGUCUGCCAGUACUGCGGGAUGGCUUUCACAAGGAGCUCUUACCGGACUAUACAUGAGAGAAUCCACACCAAGGAGAAACCAUUUGGCUGCGACCAAUGCAGUAUGUCCUUCAUUCGAAGUGACCAUUUAAAGAGCCAUAAAAAGAUUCAUGCAAAAUAAAAGUACAAAAGAACAAAAACCAACAUUUCAAGCGACAGUUCAGAGAUGUUUCCUUCUUAUUCCAAACUGCCAAGUCACACAAACUUGAGAAAGAUCAUUUGGUAUCCGUUACGGACAGUGAGGGUGUGUCAGCAUUGAGUUUGAUUCUCAAACUUCUGUGUACCCUGAUUUGACCAAUGAUGUUUACCUUGAACAUAGAGUUAUAUAUAUAAGAACUAGAGGGCGCACUGGCAUAUACACGCGGCCCGGCAUGCGCGCA